AGGUAACUUACUGAUGAAAGGAACACGCCCACUUUCAUACUCGGCUGAAAUAUAUAAAAUAGGACUUCCUCCAUCAGCUCUGUAGAUCUCUGGUCUUGUUUCCACUGCUGUUUGAACAGAAGAUCUCUGAUUUUCAGGAAAUCUGAGCUGUGCGUUCAGUGGUGGCACUGAAGAUGCCGUUCCUCCUGCCGCUCCUUGCCCUCCUCCUCCUGUCCGCCGCUCCCACAGUAACUGAAGUGGUGACAUCGAUGUCGGACUGUGACCAAUACUUUCUUAACCAGGCUCCACCACAGAUCAGGGGAAUCUUGGAGGGAGGGAACAUCCUGGACCAGAACCAAUACAAGCCCAUUUGCCAGACCUUGAAUAGCUCGAGAACAUUUGUGACACUCUACGACACCGACAACAAAAUCCCAGUGUUCUCUGCUUACAAGUACACUGAGAAGAAAGCAGGGAGACCUAAAGACAUUUGGAUGAUAGAACCACAGCUUGAGGAAAUAAAUCCGGAGGAAAAAAACAUGAAGAUGGAAGAGGAAGAGAAGAACUACACUCACCAGGCCCUUUUCACUGAUUACAAUGUCAACAAAGUUUUUAGCAAAGGGCAUUUAUUACCAUGCUCCUAUGGUUCGGAAGAAAAUGACAAAAGCGCUACCUUUACCCUGACCAACAUUGUUCCUCAAGUAGAUUCAUUUAAUUCUGGAAGCUGGACUAACAUGGAGACCUGCGUUCGAUGUGUCCUUGAUAAAUACUGCAAGGACGCAAAUGGCCAACCUGAAAGCUUUGUGAUGAUCGGAGCACGGCCUGGCAACAACCUCCUCAACAACAAGGUUAAUAUCCCCUCCAUGCUCUGGUCAGCUUUCUGCUGCUACAGCAGCAGUCAGGGGGCGUGGUUAGCAGGGGCACACUGGGGUGACAACAUUGUAGAAAAUGGUCGAGUGCUGCAGACCAAGACCUUGGACCAGCUCCAUCGAGAACUGGGAGCACCAUCUGAAGUAUUCCCUGGAACAAACUGUCCACUCCACACCACUGUCACCAACCUUUAUCCUAAACUCAGUAAGGCCUGUAAGUGCCCUAAACCCGUUUCAACAUCUGUAUCUCCAUAACCUGGUCCUCUUACUACCACAUCUAGCCCUGUCACUACCACAUACCAGAGCAACAACAAGCAGGAGUUUUGGGCUCAAAUAUAUAAAUAAAAGAUCAUUAACCCAAUCAAGCAGUGAAGAAACAACGACCACUAACUUUUCUAUGUUACUAACAUAUAAGAGAAACUUACCUUUCUCUCCUGUUCCAAUUGAUUACUCG